CUUCCCUUCAGCAUCCACUCAACCAACCAAAGCAUAACCCAAUACUCCCAACCUCCCAAUAAACCCACACAGCCAUGGCCUCCUCCCCUAGCUCCCCAACAAUCCUCCUCCUCUUCGUCGCCACCUUAUUUAGCCUCCUAACCACUCCCGCCUUUGCCGACGACCGCCUGAACGCCGGCCAGUCGCUUGGACCCGGACAAUCACUCGCACAAGGCGGCUACUUAUUCAUUAUGCAGCAAGAUUGUAACCUCGUUCUCUACGAUAACGGCGGAGCAGUUUGGGCCACAGGGACCAACGGACGGGCCUCCGGCUGCGUUCUCAGGAUGCAGACUGAUGGUAAUCUCGUAAUUUAUAGUGGUAGCAAUGUUAUCUGGGCGAGCAACACCAAUCGCCAAAAUGGAAAUUAUUAUCUCAUCGUCCAGAGAGAUCGUAACGUCGUCAUAUACGAUAACUCUAACAAUGCUAUUUGGGCGACUGGAACCAAUGUUGGCAAUGCUGUUGUUGUCGUCAUCCCGCAUAGCAACGGCACGGCGGCGGCGUCCGGCGCCGCGCAGAACAAGGUGAAGAAGCUGCAUCCUUGAAGAGUAACAUUAAUACAGAUCGAGACGAUGAAAGAAGCUUUAUUAGUAUAUAUUUUGAAUAAAAAGGCAUUGGCUCCUGCGAUGCUAAUGCCUAAUUAAGCAAGUUAAUUUUCCGUUGAUUGUGUGUUGCUGCUGCAGUAUGAAUGAUUGUAUCAAAUAAUUAGUUUCUUUUCUAAAUGAUAUAUUUCACGAGCUUUUUACAAGUAAAA